CGCAGCUCGCGGCCGCCCGGCAGGAGCUCCGAGGCUGGGCGGCUCCGCUCCGCCUCUGCCGCCGCGCCGCGCCGCGCCAGGCCCGACAGGCCGGCCCGAGGAGAGCAGCGGGAGGGACGCGGGCAGCCAUGGCCGAAGCGGCGCGCGCCCCGGCUCCAGAGAGAGACAAGCAAACAGGAGACGAAAGGCCUUCGACACCUUCUCCGUCGCCCCAGCCGGCUGCUGAGAAGAACUCAUACCUCUACUCCACGGAGAUCACGCUGUGGACUGUGGUGGCCGCCAUCCAGGCCUUGGAAAAGAAGGUGGAUUCCUGCCUGGCCCGUUUGCUGACUCUGGAGGGACGAACAGGGACAGCCGAGAAGAAGCUGGCCGACUGUGAGAAGACGGCCUUGGAGUUGGGGAACCAGCUGGAGGGCAAGUGGGCCGUGCUGGGGACCCUGCUGCAGGAGUACGGGCUGCUGCAGAGGCGGCUGGAGAACAUGGAAAACCUGCUGAGAAACAGAAAUUUCUGGAUCCUGCGGCUGCCCCCGGGCAGCAAGGGGGAGGCCCCCAAGGUGCCCGUGACCUUUGAUGACGUGGCUGUGUAUUUUUCCGAGUCGGAGUGGGGCAGGCUGGACAAGUGGCAGAAGGAGCUCUACAAGCACGUGAUGAGGGGCAACUAUGAGAUGCUGGUCUCCCUGGAUUAUGCCAUCUCCAAACCGGACAUCCUCACCCGCAUGGAGAGGGGUGAGGAGCCUUGUCCUGACGGCCCAUGGGGCCCGGAGGAGGGGAAGGAGAGAGAGGCAGCACGCCCGAAGAGGCCAGGCGCUGGCCUCCCGCCACAUCUAGAGCACAUCCCCAGCCCAGUCAGCCCUGCCCAGGAGGAGCCAACAGAAGCGCAGGUUCCCGACCACCAGCAACACUCAGAAACCAGAGUAAUUCCACCUGAAACAAGUACCGGGCCCCCAGCCUGCACCAGCAUUUUGUCCUCGGUUAAACAGGAGGAAGAAUCUUCCGAUGGGGAGUCGUCAGCCUCCCCUCCCAGGGACAUCCUACCCGGCAUGGGGCCAGGUGGUGGUGUGGUCAUCAAGACAGAAGCACAAUCUGAGGACGAGAUGAUGCCUGAGCAGCUCUUUCUGGGGAAGUCCCCCAGCCAGACCCAGUGUAGACUCCCUAAAGGACCCAGGAGUGGGACUGGGGGCCCCGGCAGGCUUCAUGCCGGGGGCGUGCCAAGGGUGCGGGCAGGGGACCCUCGGCCACCAGGGGGCCUGGGAGAGCCGCCCCGCAUCCUCCCUCGCAGGCGAGAGCGGACCUUCCCGUGCCCCGACUGCGGGCAGAGCUUCCGCCUGAAGAUUAACCUGACCAUUCACCAGCGGACCCACGUGGAGGAGGAGCACAGGGAGGCCCGGGGCAGCUCGCCCCCCGCGUGGGGGGAAGCCCACUCCACGCUGGAGCCGGGGGAGGUGGUGGUGCCCGGCCCUGUCAUCCGCUGGCUGCCCGAGGAGCCUGAGGGCCACCGCUCCCUCUCAGGCCGUUCCUUCGUGGGGCGGAGGCCGGCUGCCACCAAGGUGUACCACUGCAGCGAGUGCCUGCGCUUCUUCCCACAGCGCAAGAGCCUGCUGCUGCACCAGCGCCUGCACACGGGCAAUGGGCAGGGCUGGCCCGCCUGUCCCUACUGCGGCAAGGCCUUCCGCCGGCCCUCCGACCUCUUCCGUCACCAGCGCAUCCACACCGGUGAGCGGCCCUACCAGUGCCCCCAGUGCGGCCGGGCCUUCAACCGGAACCACCACCUGGCGGUCCACAUGCAGACUCACGCCCGAGGCCAGGCGGGCCCGCACUUUGCUGCUCCCCCCGGGCGCCCGGGGAGCCCACCCCUGCGCCGGCCCAGUCGCAUCGAGGAGGGCUGACCAGGCAGGGGCCUGCAGGGGCACCCAGGGCAGGACCUCUUCUCCACCUGCGGGGCCUUUCCCCCUUGUGCCUGACGCUGCUUCCUCUUUCUGGGAUGGCUUUGGACAGAGUUUUCUUUUCUUUGAAAUGAGAAGCAGCAGAGUGACAGAGUGUAUGUGUGACCAGAUGCCUCAAUUUCCUCUUUCCUAAGUUUGUCCCUCUUUGCUGCCUUUUCUACAUUCCUGACUUAUAAAGGAUCCCUAAGGCUUAGGGGAUGCCAGGUUUUGGUGGGGGUCUUGGCAGGUACCACGGACAAUUGAGCAGACCAGAGACUGUGGCCCUUCCAGUGGGGGCGAGAGAGACAUUGAGGGCCUGGGGUUUCGAUUUUGUACAGAGUUCUUGUGCCUGCUGUCAACACGCGAAACAGCAGAGUGGACACACAGCCUGAGGAAUAGGCACUGGAAAUUUGAGUUUUCUAUUUUAUUUUGCAACUUUUUUUUUCUCCUUAUGGAGCUUUUCUAGUGCUUUUGUUUUAAGUGUUGUGUGUGAUUGCAAAGGGGACCAAGAGCUCCUGAGGGACAGGAAUUACUCUGCCAUCUCCUUGUGUGUGGGAAUGGCAGAGGGGCUGUCCAGACCAGCCUGGGUGUGGAUGGGGAUGCCUCGGCUGCUGCCCUGGAAACCAGGUGUCUUCCCAGGUGUGCGUUCCUUGGUCCAGACUGGUUCCCAGUAUUCCUAGUCCUACCCCCAGCAGGUAUUCACAUCCAUGAUUGAUGCUGGUUGUCAGCUGAGAUGGGGAACCUGAAGCCUGGAGUGGAUGACACUUGCCCCAAGGACUCAGUGUUCACAGGAGUGCGUGUUCCGUGGAUGACCCCAUACAACACCUCGAGGGGGGGAUGCAGAGCAAGCCCAGGAAGCUCCUCCUGAGAGGAAGAUCCUGGUCUGGGUGAGGCUGGUCAGCUAACCUGGACUCUGGGGCUGCCGGGCCUGAUUUGUACAAAGGAGGGGCUGCCUCUGAGAACAUGGGGCUCUGUGGCAGAGUUAGGGCAGAUCUGAGUGACUCUUCACCACCUCCAGCAAAUGGGGUGAUGACCCCAAUGCUUCAUCUCUCACCUUAGGGUUCUCAGGGUCCUAAUAGAUCUGGAGGCAACUGGACAAAUAGGGAGCCUGGUUUUGUCCUUCCUUUCAAGUUCAGGAACCCCUUUCUCUUCCAUGCAGAUCUUCAGUCCUUUUUCCCCCAGUCAGAAUCCCUCAGGAAGGACUUUUGUUUUCUAGAGUGGGUGGAGGGUGCAGAGUGAGGUCACUUUCCCUUGGGGCUGCAUGUCCCAGGAGCCCUCCGUAUUUCACGGAACAAAUUCUUACCAAAGCAAUGACAUUCAAAGCAUGUAAGUUCAGACAGUAGCUCCAGGCUUCCUGGGGAAGUCUAGAGGGCAGCCAGCUCCUCGUGCCUAUUAAGUCACACCACUUUCGGUGCUGCCUAGAGACCAGCCCUUGGUGUGGGUGAUUUUGAAGCUGGAGUGAUGGGUGAUUCUGAUUCUUGUCUUAUUUGUCUGGCACCACGUGGACAGCGUUCAGGCCUCUCCCAGGUGCCUGGGUCCCUGGCUGUGCCACAUCCUGUUGCCGCCUCUGACCCUCACUCCUCUCCCAAAGUCAUGAACAGAGUUGGGGGCAGAUGGGAACACUGCCAUCAUCUCUGGGGCCAGAGUGUGUACAAGUCAGUGACAGCUCAGCCAAGUCGCCCUGGGCUUGGGAGGAAGAGCUGCCACCUGUCCCUGCUGUGGAUUCUGCUUGUUUGCUCUGGCACCCCCAGCCCUCGCCAGGGGCCCCACAAGUCACGGCUGGGCUGUCAGCAAGUGCUCAGACAGGAUAUGGUGCAAGUGUAGCUGCUCACAGGUUAACCCUCAGCUGCCAGAGCUAGUCUCAGGUGUUUCCUGGGGAUGCCUCGCUAAGAGUUCCUAGGCCUGUAUUUCUAAUGCUAAAUGCCCUGUGUAAAUACAGGUACUCUAACAGAAGUGCAAACGACGAGUAAUCGCGAGGCACUGGCUCCCGUCUUUUCUUCUUCCAAAGUAUUCGAUGUGCCUAGGCUCCCAGCUAGGCCGUGCGGGUUUGCCUGGCACUCAACAACUGAAAUGAGUCAGCGGAGGCUGCGUGGUGCAGGAACAGAGCUGUGCUCCGCGCCCGCGAGGCUGGAGCCUGAUUUGGCCUUAGACUCACUCCCAGCCCUGGGUGUCAGCUUCUUCAUUUGUAAAAUAAAGGUGAAGUCCUGGUGUUGAAGGCCCUUAAGCACUAUGACGGCAGUGGUCCCUUGCCCCCAUCGGUGCUCAAUA